AGGGAUGUAGUUCUGGCAAGCGCGUAAGCAUUCUCCGUCUUCGGUACCCCAGGCAUGCCGCAGUGCUCACCGUGAGCGAUGAUCUCUCGCGAAUGUAGCGCUUUGAGGCGCGUCUAUCAGGGCUUUCCAACGGAGACGAUUGGAUGGCUAUGUGUAGCUCGACUCCUAUGGAUAUUCGCGGCCAACACUUUGAUCGCCCAAUGCAAUGCGAAGAUAGAGGUGCAUUCUAUGGGAAAUUCGGCAUGUGGGAAGUCAAUGACAACGCCUGCUGGUGAGCCGUGUGGUGCCGUACUGCAUGCUACAUUGGCUGGAAGACAGCGCGAUUCCCGUCACGCAGAACGCAGAAUGCGUGAAUCAACAAUCAAAAAUCGACUCGAACCUGCGUGCAGGUUGUAUAGUAACAUAUCUCUCGUUGUCUCUUGCUGUGUUCUUGCUGUCGCACGCUCUACUUUGCUUUAUCUCGUCUUGUUGUAUGCCAUUACAUCCGUCCGCUCGAGUCUGCGCACAACGACUGUAUCUCCCGUGCGACUGAUAGCAUCGUUUGAGCUAGCGCCGCACGGGUAUUCCCUCGUGCUAUCAUACUUAGUAGCUUCUCAGAAGCGGGGUCGUGACCAAGUCGUGAUCUGCAAUUGCUGGCCGGCGACCGGCCAGACGAAGCUUAAGGUUAUAGUUCAUACUCAGUCGGACGCUCAUUUAUCUGCUCAGAACCUAGUUCGCACAACAUCCGUAUCCUCCACCGUCGUUGGCUCUGGAACCGGCCACCGCUUGCAUAAGACUGUUGUCACGGCUCACUACUACGAUACGCCUGCGAUGUAUCCGAAUCUUCCACGAGCAAACUCUUCUAGCAAUAGCUCUGCUAGAACCGCACCGCCUCCAUAUUCCCCGGGACAAGCACCCUCCAAUGGCCAGCACGAGACAUCGCCCCUAAACGUUGUUUUCCCUGGAUAUGGCGCUCGAACCGAGCCCUGCUCGACAAGCACCUCGAAAACUCCAUUCAAACUUUCGAGCGUCUUGAUAGCGAUGACCUACAUCGCGCUGUUCGGGGUCAUCAGCAUCCAGGCAUUACACCUAGCAAAGUACCCUCCGACUCGUGCGGAGUUGGCCGAGUUGAAACAGGAAUGGGACCUCGAGCUCACCGCACACAAACAGAUGCAAGACUAUGAUAAGUGGGCCCAGGACCGCCUCGCCUUUGAACGCGAGAGGGACCAGUGGCUGGUGGCCCGAAGGGAGUACCUCAUCGACCAGGACAAUUGGGAGCAACAGAGGCAAUCUUACGAGGAUGACACCGAGAGCUGGCGGCGGGCGCAGGAGGAUUACAACCUGACGAAGACAUUCUGGGACAGCGAACGGGAGGCAUGGGAGCUCGAGCGAAAGCGCUGGGCGCGAGAGCAGGAGAAACGCGACAAGGAAUGGAAGGCAGACGCUGACAAGCAUCGCCGCGGCGAAGGCAAUGCGUUGGGCGUGACCUGGACCGGUAUUGAGAGCCAUCACUGCGUUGCUUAUGGUACCCGCGAAUACACAGCUCGGAUUGCUUUUGAUGCAGCCCAAGCCUGCAAACAGAUGCCCCUCACAGUGAAUGGUGCUCUCUUCAGCAGUCCUCAAGAAUGCACACAGGAUGAGGACUCUUUCGUGAGCCGUUGGCACAUCGACGUAGGCGAAGCGUCGUGUAAGGUUUACUGGGGCGACCUCUCCAACAAGGGUUGCCAUGGUCAGGGCUCCAGCAAGCGUCGCUAUGAAGCACGUCUGUGGGGCGCCGGAGAGUGGGAAUGGAUUCACAUGUGCCGCUCAACACCUACUGAUAUCCACGGUCAACACUUCAAAAGCCCAACGGAGUGCGAAGACAGAGGACCGUUCUACGGGAUGUUCGGCAUAUGGGAUGUGGACGAUGACACUUGCGCGUGAAUUAUUCGAAGUCAUCCACUAUGCACUACAUACAUUCCCGAUCAAGUUGACGAUCCCUUACUCUCACCAAGUGGUAUACGGUCCACCUGCUUGAAGUGCCAACAGGAUGGACUACUACAUACCACAUGCGUUCAAGGACUCAAGCUCUGGGCUGCUAGUGAAUCUGUUCUUGAUAUGUCCUCGCUGUUCAAGUUCUAAGCUUUUACUUUGUUUAUAAUGUACACCUAUAUAUUCAGCAUAUUGGCACUGCUGGCAGUCCGAGUCUGCUGUGAACGCGUGAACGUUUG